GGUGGGUCCACUGACAUGCCCGACACCACGGACCCCAAGCUGCUCGUAUGCUCUGCGAGUUUUGCGUGCUAUCUCGUCUACAAGUAUUUCGAACCCAAUAACCUCUCGGCCCAUGUCGUCCUGCUAUUGGGUGUGCCCGCUCUCCUGGUUGGUCGACUCAGCCCCCAGCUGUCGUUCCUUCAGCAAGCCGGCGCUGUCAUAUUUUAUUGGAGCCUCAUCCUUGUAUUCACGGCCACCUACCGUCUUUCGCCCUUCCAUCCUCUAGCGAAGUACCCAGGGCCGACCCUUGGGAAGCUCAGCAGGAUUUACGUGGCAUACUUUAACGGGCGUGGAGACCUCCAUCGAGUAAUCAGGGACUGGCACGACCGUUACGGUGAUGUAGUCCGCAUCGGUCCCAACGAGCUGUCCUUCUGUCGCGCUGAUGCCCUUCAGCCAAUCUAUGUCGCCAAGAGUAUGCAAAAGGGUCCAUACUACGAUACCCGGACGGGCCUCGAGAAUAUUACUACGCUGGACGGCGUCCGCGACUUUUCCGUCCAUGGCGCGCGUCGUAAGCCAUGGGUAAAAGCCAUGGGCAUCUCAGCCCUGAAAGGAUAUGAGCCCAUCCUCCAGACGAAGAUACUGGAACUGGUGGAAGUGCUGUCGAAACGGCAGAAGGAGACGAUAGAUAUUUCUCACUGGAUGAAUCUCUUCGGUUUUGAUCUCAUAGGUCAUGUGGCAUUUGGCCACGAGUUCGGUAUGCUCAAGGCUGGUGAGGACGAUGAUGGCCUCAUGCGCCGUGUAGAGGAUGGUGUAUACGCCACUGCUGUUCUCUCUCAAACUCCCUGGAUCCUACCAUUUAUUAGGCGAUUACCGCCUGCGGUGAAGGCUAUAAGGGACAUGCGGCACAUGGGUGCCACUCUCGCGCAAGGGAGGACAAAAAACGGCUCGGCGUCGAAGGAUUUGUUCUACUUCUUGACGGAGGACGAAACCGCAGCGGAAAGCGGCGCUACGCUGGACGAAAUUAUUGCCGAUGGCAUACUCGCGCUUGUUGCGGGCUCGGACACCACAGCCACCGUGCUCAGCCAUCUCUGCUACUUCAUGCUGCGCCACCCAGAGUGUGCCGAGCGGCUGCACAAGGAGAUCGACGCGACCUUCCCGCCGGGCGAGGACCCGCUGGACUUUUCGCGCCACGCGGACAUGCCCUACCUGAACGCCUGCAUCAACGAGACGCUACGCCUGCUGCCAGCAGUCCUCGGUGGUCUGCAGCGCAUCGUAAAGCGCGGAUCCAGCGGCGCAACCAUCGGCCCUCACGUCGUGCCCGAGGGCACCCAGGUCUCGGUGCACACGUUCUCGCUGCACCGCGACCCGCGCGAGUUCGCGCCGCUACCAGACGUUUUCUGGCCGGACCGCUGGCUCGCGCAGGACACCUACGUCCUGCCGUCGGGCGCCGCCGUCGACAAGGCACACGUCACCACGAACCGCGCCGCGUUCGUGCCGUUCUCUGUCGGCCCGCAAAACUGCGCGGGCAGGGCACUCGCGAUGAUCGAGAUGCGCGCGGUCGUGUGUGCGGUGAUGCACAAAUUCGAGCUGCGCAGGGCGGAGGAGUACGAUUUGGACCGGUGGGAGAGGGAUGUGAUGGAUGCGUACAUUUCUCUUAGGGGCAAGCUGCCUGUGAUCCUCGAGCAAAGGCAGGGGCGUUAGGAGGCUUGUUUGGAAGCCUUGCUCUGUCAAUGUGCGCCUUCAAAUGUCCAAGACGGACGCUUAGCUUGAGCAAUCUAGUGCGCGGUCAGUGGCCACAUCAUAUUGGUUUAGCAUAAAGGAGCCCAGCUUAUGAACUUCGCAAUUCGGGGAAUUCCUUACUGAAACUUAGUCGGAAUGCAGUAAUAAAUACAAGCAAUAAUGUUCGAGGUUUAGCUCGCAUUUUC